GCCAAAUCGUAUUAUCACCAACGCGUGUACCUUGGAAAAGAUCCAUUCGAAUGCGAUCCGUUCAAGUCUUCCGUUUUCUGUUCUGCGUUCGAACGGUUCGUCCAUUUGUUUUAUCCGGUGUCAGAACUGUUUCAGCCAAAUGUACCGACACGUGAAACCCCAUUACUUUUCUAUCGAUGCAAUCAUGGCUGCUCAAGAAAAGAUUGCGUGCAGGUUCACUAAAAAAAUCGAAUGCGUCGGUUUUUUGGAUUCACUUAUUUCUGAAAAAGAAGAUGGCGAAUCUGAUCCUAAAAUAGAACUUCCUUUUUGGAUGAUCAAAGUUUUUUUAAUUGAAAAAUCUAUUCAGUUUGAUAUGCCUAAGGCUUAUAAUGAAAUCUAUAGGGGAGUCUUAACGGCUGAUGCAAACGUUGUAGACUUAUUCAAAUUAUGUAAACAUUUCUAUUUGUUUGGAAAAUUUUUGUCUCAAUUGGAACAUCGAGAGGCUUAUGAAGUCCGAAGAGUGUUAAUCCAAACCUUUGUAGAUAGAUUUAAACAAACAAUGGAUUGGGCACAAAAUAUAGAUGAUAAUCAGCCAUGCUUCAAUAGACUGGACUGUCUUGAAAGAAAAAUAUUCAAUGACGCCAGAGUUGCUCAACAACAGUUAAAUACAUAUUUAACCGAAGGAUCUGGCCAAAUGGAAAUAGCUGCAAUGAUAUUGAACUAUAGAAAACGGAAGAUGCAUGAAAAUUGUGUAAAAGAAUAAUAUAUUAUGGUAAAGGGAAUUAUUGUAAAAAUAAUGUGAAUAUAUUUUAAAUAUUGAUUGUUAAUAAAUGGUAAUGAAUGAAAUUUUAAU